AUGUCUGUUCGAGUAGUGGCCCGAAUUCGUCCACUGCUGGACGGCGAGCACGACAAGGACAUUAUUGUCCACGCCGACAGCACCGAGGCUGGCAAGCCCAACACGAUUGUCAAGAUCCCCAGCCCCAAGAAUGGUGCCGAGGAGUUUUCGUUUGCGUUUAACAGCGUCUAUGACCAAUCCACCUCGCAGGAAGCCCUCUACACUGCCGAAGUCCAGCCGCUUCUCAAAUCGCUCUUCCAAGGCCUCGACGUGACCCUCUUUGCCUAUGGCGUCACCGGCACCGGCAAGACGCACACGAUGCGUGGUGGCCUCAAGCUGGCGGACCGAGGCGUGAUCCCGCGUCUGCUGAGCGGCGUCUUCCGCCGGGGCAAGAAGAUAGCCAAGGACACGGACGGCGGGACGAGCGUUGUUGUAGCGCUCUCGUACUACGAAAUCUACAACGACAAGGUCUUUGACCUGCUGGAGCCGCCCGAGCAGCGGACGCCCAUGGGCCUGCCGCUGCGCGCCGAGGCCGGCGGCCGCACCGUCGUUUGCGGCCUCACAGAGCGCCGCUGCGAUGACCUGCGCGACUUUGAAACGCUCUACAUCGAAGCCAACAGCAACCGCGUGACGGCGGCGACGCGGCUCAACGCGCACAGCAGCCGCAGCCACGCGGUGCUGCGCGUCAAGGUCACGCAGACGCGGGGAGACGACGGCAGCGUGCGCGAGAGCACCGUCUCCGCCAUCGACCUCGCGGGCUCCGAGGACAACCGCCGCACGGACAAUGGCAAGGAGCGGCUGGUCGAGUCGGCGGCCAUCAACAAGAGCCUGUUUGUGCUGAGCCAGUGCAUCGACGCGAUUGCGCGCGGCGACCGCCGUGUGCCCUACCGCGAGUCCAAGAUGACACGCAUCCUCUCGCUCGGCCAGAACAAGGGCAUCACCGUCAUGAUCCUCAACCUGGCCCCGCUCCGCAGCUACCACCUCGACACCCUCAGCAGCCUCAACGUCAGCUCCCGCGCCAAGCGCAUCGAGGUCCGCGAGAUUGAAAACGAGGUCGUCUACAAGCAGUUUCCCAAACCGAGUGUCGCCCACAACGUCGGGCCCGGCGGGGGCAAGCGUCAGCCGCUGCAGCCGCUGGUCAACGCCCACAACGUCCUGAGUGGCAACGCGGCCGCGCCGCGUCCCGUCAAGGCGUUUAGCGUCUUCACUGAUGAGCUCAAGCCGUUGCCAACCGCCCGCUCAUCCCUCGCCACGUCGGACCUGCGCAAGACCAGCCCCUUGAAGCGCACCUCGGACCAGGCACCCACCAGUACGCGGCCCUCGAAGCUGGCCCGCCCGUCGCUGCUGCCGUCCUCGCUCUCGAGCAGCAACGGGUCCAUCACAAUGUCCACCGCGCAGAUUGAAGCCAUGGUGGAGAAGAAGGUUGCCGAGGUCCUCGCUGCGCGCAUGGCGGCCGAGUCACAAACCACCACCGUCAUGGCGCCACCGCCGCCGCCGUCAACCGAUGACGCCAUGAAAAGGCGUCUGGAGGCGCUGGAGCGUCGAAUCGAGGCCGACGAGCGCCGCGAGGACGCCAAGUCGGACGGCCUGCGGUACCUGCUUGCGGCGCGCCAGCACAAGACGAGCGGCGAUGAAGCGGCGGCGCUGCGGGCGUACGAGAGCGCGCUGCCCUUUUUCCCCGGCCAGGCCAGGCUCGUGGGGAAGAUAGCGCGCCUGCGUCAGCGCCUCAACAUGCCGCCGCGGGCACCGUCAGCGCCCGUCGCGGCCGCGGCCAAGGCGGCUGCCCAGGCAGCAGCAGCUGCCGUCGCUGACGAUGUGACGUCUCUCGUCGGCCAGACGCCAGAGAGACGCCGCAUGUCCCGGCUGCCCGUCGUGCAAGACGCUGCGGGCAAUCUCACGGCGAACCUGGAUGUGACGAGCACAAUGUCAUUUGAUUUCAGCGCGCGUACAAGACGCAUGUCGCGAUUCAACGUGCAUCCCAUGCCGGCAAACUAG